AUGCAGUGGCCCCCGACCCCUGGCGCCUCUCCGUGUCCUGGCUGGGCCUCCUCGCUCGCCUGCGCCGCAGCCGCGACGCUCCUGAGCCGCGCCGGCCGGGCACCCCUCAUGGCGGCCAAGUGGUUCAAGGAGUUCCCGCUGAACCUGAAGCCCGCGUCGGAGCGGGCCAAGCCGGGGGGCGCGGGCGGUGCUGGAGGAGGUGGUGGUGGUGGUGGUGGCGGUGGCGGCGGUGGUGGCGGCAAACUGCGCAAGAACUCGGAGGCGAGCGGCGCGGGGCCGGCCGCCUCCAAGGGCCGCAAGAACUCGGCGGCCGAGCUGGGGGGCGGCGGCCGGGCCGGGGGCGGCCCCACCAAGGACAGCCGGCUGUCCCGGGACAGUCUGCAGGGUCUCAUUCAGGCGGCCGCGGGCAAGGGCCGCAAGAACUCGCGGACCCCAGAGGAGGAGCCCCAUCGCAGUGUGGCCAAGAGCACGGGCUGCAGCACCUACAUCAAUAGGCUCAUUAAGGUGGACACCCAGGAGAAGAAUGGCAAGAGCAACUACUCCGGCGGCAGCAGCAGCAGCGGCAGCGGCAGCACCAGCAGCUCCUCCUCCGCGUCCUCUUCACCUUGUUCCCUGGGCCCUGAGCUGGACAAGGGCAAGAUGGCCAAACAGCAGGAUACGGUCAUCAUUCUGGAAGACUACGCUGACCCUUACGAUGCCAAACGGACCAAGGGCCAACGGGAGGCAGAGAGAGUCGGGGAGAAUGAUGGCUACAUGGAGCCAUACGACGCCCAGCAGAUGAUCACAGAAAUCCGGCGCCGCGGCUCCAAGGACCCCCUGGUGAAGGCCCUUCAGCUGCUGGACGGCCCCUGCGAGCCCGCGGAGGGCAACGGCGCCAAGGCGGAGGCGGCCAAGAGACGGAGCUCCAAGGAGCUGCUGGGCAAGGCGCCGCAGCUCUACGACACGCCCUACGAGCCUGCCGACGGCAAGGCGCGGCCCCCCGACAGCCGGCUGCCCGAGAACGACGAGCGGCCGGCGGCGGAGUACGAGCAGCCCUGGGAAUGGAAGAGAGAGCAGAUCGUGCGGGCGCUGUCAGUCCAGUUUGAAGGAGCUGAGCGGCCACCUGGCAAGGAGGAACCAGCGAGGCAGCACCACCGGCAGAAGAGCUGGACCCAGAAAAUCCUGAAGCCAGCCCUGUCUGACCAUGGCGAGGGGGAGAAGGUGGACCCGGGCCUGCCCCUGGAGAGGCAGCCGUGGUACCACGGCGCCAUCUCCCGGGCCGAGGCCGAGAGCCGGCUCCAGCCCUGCAAGGAGGCCGGCUACCUGGUUCGAAACAGCGAGUCAGGGAACAGCAGGUACUCCAUUGCACUCAAGACCAGCCAGGGAUGUGUCCACAUCAUCGUGGCCCAGACCAAAGACAACAAGUACACGCUGGACCAGACCAGCGCUGUGUUUGGCAGCAUCCCGGAAGUGGUGCACUACUACUCCACCGAGAAGCUGCCCUUCAAAGGCGCCGAGCAUAUGACCUUGCUCCAUCCCGUGCACAACAAGCUGCACUAA